AUGCGGACGGCCCACUUCUCGGCCCUGCGCCGGCCGCGCUUCUCGACAGAUCCCUCUAUGUCCGGCCGGCAGCUGCAGCCUGAGGAGCCGGAGGCCGAAACGGAAGACGACCCCUCGGAGACCAAAGGGCCUGCCGACGACAUCAUUCGGCCACGGCCACAGGGGUCCUCCCCCGUGUAUGAAUACACAGCCGAGGGCACCAGCUUUGGACUCCCGGAGGACACACCCAGGCAGCGGGCUUCCUCAGGCUCUGGGGGACGGAGGUCCUGGUGGAAGCGAGAUUCAGGGGACUCACGGACAUUCUCCAGAAUGAGUCGACCACAGGAGGCGACGGAGGUGACCCUGACCACCGAGGUGGAAGCCGGAGCCAGCGGCUACAGCGUCACAGGGGGCGGGCACCAGGGCAUUUUUGUGAAGCAGGUGCUGAAGGACUCGUCAGCGGCCAAGCUCUUCAGCCUGAGAGAAGGGGACCAGCUGCUCAGUGCCACCGUGUUCUUCGACAACAUUAAGUAUGAAGACGCUCUCAAAAUCCUGCAGUACUCGGAGCCCUACAGGGUUCAGUUCCAAGUCAGACGGAAACGUCCCGCCCCAGACGACAAGGACGCGGCCGCCGGGGGGGCUCAGCCUGGCCCGAAGGACAGGGAGAAGCAGGACAAAGAUGUGGCCGACAGCUCCACAGAGACCCCCCCACAGACCCUGGAAGGAAGCGGAGACCAGGAGAGACUGCUCGCCAAGCCCAGGGGGCGCAGAGGCAGGCGGGCCCAGAAGGAGAGGCUAUCCUGGCCCAAGUUCCAGUCCGUAACGAGCAAGUGCAGACCGGGACCGCAGAGGUCCCACAGUACUUCCGAGGCCGACGCGCGCGGGAACACCCCCAACAUAUCCCCAACCAGCACAGACACGGAAGCCCCACUCCCAGCGGAGGAGCGGGAGCCAAAGGCAGGACCGGACGGUCCGCGUAGGAAGAGGUUUCUGAACCUGAGAUUCAGGAUGGGCUCAGGGAAGGGCCCGACGCUGGAGGGGCAGCCCAGCCGAGGAGGCCCGAGGGGAGCGCUCCAGGCCGGGGUCGGAGAGGAGGCCGGGUCCGGGGAGGACAGACAACAGGCCGCCCAGGCCACUGUGCUCAGCAGGACAGAGGACCGGAUGGCAGAGGGACCGGAGGGGACACCUGCUCUGAUGGCAGAGCUGCCCAUAGAGCCUGGUGCCCCCACCCUGGUAGCCCUGGGGGAAGGGGCCAGCAUGGCGUCCUGGGGCCGAAAACAAACAAAGGAGGUAAAGGACCAGGAGGACGCUGUGUCCGAGGGGAGGCCUGGGGCGAGCUCAGCCGCACACGGUGUGGACAGCCGCAGACAGGUGGCCCGAGACGCAGAAGUGGGGAUUGCUGGAUCCGCUGGGCAAGGCAAAGGUGACGCACAGGGCCUCCACGCAGAUUUCCAUAUCCAAAUCCCCAACUUACAAACACCCAUGUUUAAAGUUUCCAAACAAAGAAAGCACGACCCAGAAGGAGGCCUAGCGCCAGUGCCGGACGAUAAGCGGGGAAGGACUUCGGAAGACAGGGAACGGGGACCUGAGCCGGCAGCUCCCAGGAAGCCCUCAGGGCACUUGCCACAAGGCGAGGUAGGAGGAGCAGAGGAAGCUGAGACAGGUCACACAGUAGGAGAGAUGAAGGACAAGGACAAAGACAAAGGAGGGAGGGAGGACAGGAGGACAGUGCUGAAGUUCAACAUUGCCUCCUUUGGGUGGUCGCCCAGAAGAGAAGUGAGAGCAGCAUCGGAAAGACCCACAAAGGACCUGGAACAGGAGAAAGGAGGCACGGUAAUAGAGUGGACCCUGCAGACAGAGGACAAAGACACACUGGGAGAAAAACAAGAAGAAAAAUUACACACCGAAUGGGGACAGCCAACUGCAAGAGAGGCACAAAGACAGAAGGAAGGGGAGGUGACCAUGGCAGACAAGGAGGUGGCCGCCAGAGACAGCAAGUUCAAGAUGCCCAAAAUGCACUCGGUCAUGAAUCCUGUUGUGGACAUCAAGACCCCCCAGGUGGACAUCAAGGCGCCUCAACUGGACCUGAAGAGCUCCAAAGAGUUCGUGAGUGCCCCUGACAGUGACGUUUCUGUGUCGGGCGUGGAGGUGGAUGCCCACGUCCACGGCUCACAGUUGGCCGAGGGUAUUAUCUCUGGGGACGGGGAAGAUUUUUCCGCAGGGAAGACGGUCAAGAUUUCUAAAAUCAGCAUUUCCCCCUCUGUCCCCUCCCCCAGCAAGCCUUCCGUGGCAUCUCCUCUGCUUGCCGGGGGAGGUAAAGAUACCGCUCUCUCGUCCUCCUCCGGCCUCAGACUUCCAGUGGUCUCUUGUAGCGAUCAGCAUGCUUUCCAUACGGAAGGUGAUGUGGCUCUGUCUGCUGGAAAAUGUGGAGAAAAAAGCAAAAGCAAAAAAUCCUAUUUUAAACUGCCCAAAGUCUUCUCUCCUCCAGGGAAAACAGCUAAAGGCUUUGCAGCUUCUGCAGAGGAAUACGAGGUCCCUUCACCUGUGAGUGUCUCUGCCUCCUCCUUCGAGUUCGGGCAUGGGGGGCCCCAGGGGCCGCCUGUGGCUUCCGUGGAGGCGUCCCUGCCGAUGUCCAUGCUGGGUCGGCUCAGGGGUCCCCCUGUGGGACCCUCCAGCCUCAGCCCCUGCGAGGGCGUCACUCUUACAAAAUUCCAGGGGACUGUCCCCAGAGGCCCGGUGCCCCCCGAGCUGCCUCGUGAAGCCCCAUCUGGGUCCCAGAUGGCUCCUGAGCUUCUGAGCCCAGCAGGGGCAGGCGACCCCAGCUCCACUGAGCACGUCCUACUGUCCCAGCUUGACGGGUCCCCGGGGCCCGUGGACACUGUAUUUCCUGACUCUUACGGCCGGGUGACUUUUCCUAAAUUUCAUCGACCCAAAUUCUGCCUGUCGCUUCCAACCUCAGGGGCCGGAGUGGCGGCGCCCGGAGCCCACGAGUGCGGGUCCCCUACAUCUCCCCAGCUCGCUGCGCAGGGACUGGACUCCUCCACGGAGGAAGCCGUGGCCCUCCCAGUGCCAGGCCACCCGCGGCCACCUACGGGGAUCUCUGUGUCUGAGGUAGCAGAGGGACAUGCAGGCACAGCAGGGACGGCAGCCCUGGCUGCAGCCGCAGCCGCAGGCAGAGGUGUCACAUGCAAGGGGAAAGGCAGUCUGGGGAGAGCACCGAGGAUCAGGCUUCCCUCGCUCAGCUGGUCCCCGAGGAAGGGGACGGAAGCCAAAGCAGACCCUGGCCACAGCCCGGGGGAUGCGGGUGCUCUGGGCGGCCAGCCGGGGGGUCGCGUUCCACCUGCAGAGGCUGCGGCAGACGUGACCCUCGGGAAGGAGGGAGAGGCGGGAGCGGUCAGCGUGGCUGCCCGUGCCCUACUAAAGGUUGCGCCUCCUGGAAUGAAGUCUUCCCCAGGAGGGCCUGGCCUGCCUCAGGGAGACCCGGGUCUGGCCCACAGUGAGGAUGGUGUUGGGGGUAUUGGCGCAGCCAUGGGCCCGCCAGAAGGAGCCGAUGUGAGCCUCUCGGAAGCCCCCAUUCCCCGCUUGGACUUUGUCCAGCCUGACCUCAGCCCCAGGGAAGCCGCGGUGCAGGGGGGCCUGGCCGCAGGCCCCCUCCCUCUUUCCAAACAUGGCCUGUCUCCCGGAGACAGCGCCCAAGGCCUUGGGCUUGGGGCCGGCUCAGCAGGCCUGCUCUGUGGGGAGGGGACAGCCGCCUUGGCAGAGGAGCCCCUCCUGCCGUCCCUGGCGGCGGGGCGCUCAGAGCAGGGAGUAGUUGCGGGAGAAGCGCCUGUGGGCCCCAGGGAGAGCUGGUUUAGGAUGCCCUCGCUUGGCCUGCCCAGCCUCCAACGCGCCCCCACGGAGUCUGCAGGUGUGCCAGGGGAGGGCGAGGCAGUGGCCCCCGCACCUGCCACAGAGGUGGGCAUGGCUAAGUCCCCGCAGCCCCGGGAGCUUGGUGCAGACGGGGCAGCCUCAGGCAGCCCGGCUUCUUCCUACGCAGAUGUCCUGCGGAGGAACCUUGACCCUCGAGUGCCUGCAGGGCCGUCUGCUCCCGAGGUCAGGGUCCGGCCGGGCGCAGGCUCCCUGCCCCUACAGCUGCACGGACCACCUCCAGGAGAAGCAGGAGAGGCCCCUCUUCCUGCACCAGGGGGCCAGGGCCUGGUCGGAGGGCCCGAGGGGCCGCCUUCCCAGCCCGAGGGCCCUCUCAGACUGCGGGCUUGCAGCACACACUUGCCGUCCCAGGUUUCCGUGGUCAGCGUGGGUCGGGUCUGGGAAGACUCCGUGCUGCGUGUCCAGAUCCCCAAGUUAAAGGUCCCGAGGUUCAGCUUUCCGGCCCCCAGCUCAGAGGCCGUUGUUUUCGUGCCCAGCGUGAGAGAGCUGUCCUGCCCGCAGAGCGCUCCUGAUGCGGCCCUGCUCACAUACAGUACUGCAGGGCGGGGCGCCCGCACCCCGGAGGUCCCCCAGGCCCUCGGCCUCCCCUCAGAAACUGCCCCCAUUUGUAAGGUCAGGGUGCACAUCCAGGGUGCGGAGGCGGCCAGCCGCCAGGUGGCUGUGCACAGCACAGUGACCACUGUGUACACUGAGCUCUCGGGGCCCGAGGUCUCUCCCACCCAGAUCGUGCGGGAGUCAGAGGUCCCCGCGUCAGAGACCCAAACGCUUUCUUACGGGUUUUCCUUGCUAAAGGGGAGGGUCCCAGAGCCCCCCACUCGGGCACGGGUGCAGGUGGUGCCUGCACACCGAGGGCCAGCAGGACACCGAGAGGCUCAGGAACUGGUGGUCCCAGGACCGGACCCCACUUCUGGAGACCUCCAGCCUGACACCGGGGAGCCUUUCGAAAUCAUCUGUCCUGGCGUAGAUGAGCCGGGACCGGCAGCGGGCCCGUCCGACCGGCACUCCGGCCGCGGGCGCACAGACAGCUGCUCCGAUGACGAGCCGGCGGAGAUACUGGAGCUCCUGCCGGAAGAGGACCAGGAGGCGGAGGAGACCGGGGCCCGGGCUGUGGAUGACCAGGCUCCCAAAGCAAGACCGGAAGGUACAAGGUCCUCUGGUCUAUUCAGGUUUUGGCUCCCGAGCAUUGGCUUUUCCUCCUCCGUCUCCGAGACCAGUGCCGAUUCCCAAGCCAGUGCCCAGAGACCGGCUCCUGUGCAGACCCAGCCCGAGGCGCGGCCGCCUCCCUCGCAGGAGAAGGGGGGCUGGUUCCGAUUUCCCAAGUUGGGCUUCUCCUCCUCCCCUACCAAGAAAAGCAAAAGUGUGGAAGAGGAGGCAAGCCCAGCCGAGGAAAACCUCCAGGAGGAGGCAGGCACCUUCUAUGAUGCGCGAGAAAGCCUCUCCCCGGAAGAGCUGGGAGCCGGGGAGCCGGCAGAGGUGGUGGGCACCGGCGGCUCCAGUGCCACGGUGACCUCCGCGGCAAGAACCGAGCAGGUCCUGCUGGAGUGGGACGCAGCCGCCAGCCAGCUGUCCGCACCCAGGCCCGCCACCGCAUGA